AUGAAGGUUCUUGCUCUGCUAUGUUUGGCCCUUGGAUCAGUUUCCGCACGUGGGUCUGGUCCGUACCUUCCAAGUGGCUGGCGACCAGACGGUCCCGCUUUCUAUCUCCCCACUCAACAGGCUUCAACAGACCCACUCAAAGAUCUAAUUCUACAUGGUUCGGAAGCCUCUGGGUCUGACUCUCUUCGUGAAUACGGCCCUCCCAAGGUAUCCCAGGAAGUCAUCAAGCAGGACUUACCAAAUGAAAACAUAGACCUUACAUUUACAUCAGCAGACAAAUAUCAACAGGAAACCCUAAAUGGCUCGGAAGAUGCUUCACGUGAGUUUGAACCCCCGAAAUUCCAAGAAUCUCAAGAUUUGAUUGCAACAGAGUUGCCUCAGGAAGUUACAGACCAAGUUUCUGAGGAAAAAUCAAAUGAUGUUGCUGAAGCGUCCACCAUUAAAGCACAAGAAGAAUCUGUCACAGAACCUCAAGUUGUUGAAACCACAACGGUACUAGCUGAAGUUCCCAUACUAAUUAUUCAAGACAACUCAGAAUCUGCUGUGGUAACUAGUUCUGUUGAAAAUGAGGAUGUUACUGUAAGUGAGACUCCAUUACCUGUCGAAGUAACAAGUACGUCAGAUGUUCAAAAUUCAGUUGAAGCAGAUGUUGCAAACACCGAUGAUUCUACUACAAAUGAGACCAAAGAUAAUUUGGUAGAGCCUACUGAGGCUCUCAACAGCUUGACUGCCGUUAAAGUAGAAUUAGAACAAACUGUCCAACAAAUUGUACAAAAUUUUGAAGAAUCCAUAGAAAAAGUUUCAGAAAACAUUGUUGAAAAUAUCGAAAAAAUUGAAGAAAGUGGUGUUAAAAUAGAGCAAAGUGAAAAAAACGUUGAAGAAAAACAGGAAGUCGAAGAAAAUAUUCAAAACUUUAGUCAAAAUACCCAAAAUGUUGAACAUAUUGAACAAACGGAACAAAAAACCGAAGAAAAUGAACAAAAAACACUUGAACAGGUUGUUCAAAACAUUCCAGAGGUAUUGACGAAUGUGAACAACGAUAUAACACAGGUUGAAAAAACUGAAACCCAAAAUGAGGAGUCCUCAUAUCCAGAAUUCUCUGGGUCUUUGGAGCAAGCCCCUGAAGGAUUUCUAGAGUACGGACCACCUGGAUUUAAGGAAUACGGACCUCCCAAGGAGGACGAGCUAGCUAGAGUAACAUCAGAGGAACUCAUCUCAGAAGCUGAAUCCUUUGAAUCUACGAAUGAAACAAGGAGGAGGCGUUUUUCUCCCAAGUUCAAGCCUACUAAAAACCACUAA